AUAAAGAUAUGCAUACAUACAUCCCAUUCUCAAGGCCUCAAACACGUUGACAUCCAAAUAUGCAAAAUUGAACAUGUUGUUUUAUUCCUUGUUCCGUGUGCAUUUCAUCCCCUCAAUGUGGUUGCCGACUCGAGCGCAGUUCAGCCGAGAAACCAACCCAAGUGCUCCUUCCCUCCCAGGUUCCCUGCCUCUACACGUGGCUGCGGAGAAUGGCCUGAGGGAGGUGGUGGAGACCCUGCUCAGUGGGGGCGCUGACCCCAACGCCAGGAAUGAAAUCGACAAGACCGCCCUUCACUUCGCUGCCAGGAACGGACACCUUUCUGUCGUCCAAUUCCUGGCGGAGAACGGCGGCGACCUCAACGCCAGAGACCGCUUUGGGUCAACACCGAUGCAUUGGGCAGGUUGGAGUGGACAUUGGAGGACACUGGAAGCUCUCGCGGCGAGCGGGGCCGACGUGGACCCCGUCUGCAAUAAGGGCAACACGCCUCUCCACGACGCAGCUUCAAAUGGGAAGCUUCUGGCGGUGGGCGCCCUGAUUGGCCUCGGGGCGUCCACCAGCAAGAAGAAUAAGGGCGGCAAGACUCCACAGGACCUGUUGGGGACAACUUCCGCUGACAGAGUCUUCUCCAUGGCGAAGGAAAGUGCUGCGGCGGAGAAGGAGAGGAGGAAGAUGCAGGAGGAAGAGAUGCAGAAGAAGUACGACUUUCUGCAGAAGAAGUACGACUCGAAAGCGGCGGAGGCGGCCACCCUGCAGAAGAAAAGAAGUACGAAAGCGGCGGAGGCGGCCACCCUGCAGAAGAAGUACGACUCGAAAGCGGCGGAGGCCCUGCAGAAGAAGUACGACUCGAAAGCGGCGGAGGCAGACAACCUGCAGAGGAAGUACGACUCGAAAGCGGCGGAGGCGGCCAACCUGCAGAAGGAAAACGGAGACAUCAAAGAGAAACUGAAGGAAAAGGAAGCAGAAAUCAAACAAGUAGAGACCGAGUGCGAGGCCAAGAUGCGGGACACGAACACAGCCUACAACGCCAAGGAGGACGAGGCAUACGACCUGAAGAGGGAGAAGGGAGACCUGAUGCUAGAGAUAGGGAGAAAGGAAGAGGAGAUAAAAAAGCUAGAGGGCCAGGUGAAGAAGGCGCGAAGGGACCGGCAAAGGGGCGAGAGAGAGGCCGGGGCCGAGAGGGAAGGCUUCAAUGCGCAAAUCGCAGGCCUUGAGGAACGCAUUGCAACUCUCCAGUCUCAUCUGGAAGAAGAAUCGCGCAAGAAUCUAGCGCUGACGACGCAGAUCGCAGAGAAGGAGAGCGAGCUCACGCAAGCCGAGGCAGAUCACGAGAAAAGGGUGAAGAACCUCAAAAAAAGGGAGAAGAGGAAAGAGAAAGAGGCAGCCGAGGACAGAGGCGAGCUUGAGAGCGAACUCAAGAGACGAGACAAGAAGAUCGAGGACCUCAAGGUAGGGGCGAGUUUAUUAUAUAUAUGUAUAUAUAUACACAAAAAUAACAAUGAUAAUAAUGAUGAAAAAUAAUAAUGAUGAUAAAAAUAAUAAUAAUGA